AUGUAUCCCGCUCAGGCUCCGACUUCGGCACCCCUAGGCCCUGGGUCAAUGAUAGGUGGUCCUGUGUUACCCGCAAUCUCAGAGCUUCAGCGACACCCAGAUCCCAUGCCACACCCUCAAUUCCGCCCACUCUACUCUGGUCCCCCGUGCCCUCCCAACAUCCAACAAGGUCCACCUGGAACCGGCGGAUCCCCUCCUAAUGCUCUCAAAAGACAGGCUUCGCAGACCCCUUUGCCCGAUGAGAGCCCAGCUAAGAAACAAUCCAAAUGGACACCCGAAGAAGACAAUCUCACGAUCGAACUACGAGGCCAGGGUAUGAAGUGGGAUGACAUUGCGAAACGUUUACCUGGAAGAAGCUCUAUAUCCUGUCGACUGCGCUACCAAAACUACCUGGAGAAACGAGCCAUCUGGGACGAGGAGAAGAAGAACAAGCUUGCAAGGCUGUAUGCUCGAUUCAAAGAUCAAAUGUGGCAGAAAGUCGCCACGGAAAUGGGCAUUCCCUGGCGUUCAGCUGAGUCAAUGCAUUGGCAACUGGGCGAACAAGAAAUGAGCGCUCGGGCCAAUGCUCCUGUCUUUCAGCUGCAUCCAUCCGCAACAUCACUCAGCUCGCCUUCGCAGAUACCAAGCAUCCCGGUUCCCGUUGCGCAUAGCUUUACUCCCGCGAAUGCUCCUCAGCUCAUGCCAACUCCUACUUCAAUGCCAGCGCAACACCACCAAUCUCAGCCGCCGCAUCCACAACAGGGUCCGUUACACUCCUACCACGCUCGUACAGAUAGCGGCUCAAGUCAGGGUCGUCCAAGGAAUAGCUCGUUGAGUCGCAGACGGGCUGACCCUCGAUCUAGAUCAAGUGUUCCACCCCAGUUCAACCAUCCCCUUCCCCAGAUACAGGCCGCAACUGCAGAGGAUCUAGUGAGUGGUGUAAGAACAGCGCCUGUACCAGGAGUACCAUCGAUGAUCAAGCGAGAAGGCGAGUGGUCAAGCUACAUUGAACCAUAUCAGAAGAGAAGACGAGAGGACGACGUUGCGGGCCCGUCGCGGUCACAUUUCGACGCUCAAAGUCAGGGAGGCUUGAGUCCUGACAGACGCUCCCAGCGCAGUGGAACUGGGAGCGUGAAGAGCCUGAAGCGAGAGCACAGCGACGCUCAACGACUGUCUGGCAUGCCUUCGCCAACCCCGACCGCUGGCGCGCCCUGA